ACGAGAUAAAAACUAAUUUCUCUUAUAAUACGGAAUGAUGGAAUAUUUUUUUUGGUGUUACUAAACGGUUCACCCUUAGUGCUAAUCCGGAUUUGGGGCGAAUUGUAGGUGGAUAGGUUCUAAUCCCCUGCCAAUUGUUAUUGCGGGAUCGAACAUGCGGUCUUUUCUUCCAAGUUUAGUCGUAAUCACCACUGAACCAACAGACAAUUAGUAAAAAAAAAAAUCAAUCUCAACGAAAAGAACUGUCCUAAUUUCAUAAAAGAAAAUCAAGGGUGUAGAGUAAUGCACAUUUUUUUUCUAGCCGUUGGUAAAAUUAUCCUUAUUCCUGUUUUAGAGAAAAAAGUGAUAAGAAAGAGAAGAAAAUGAUGCCGGCGUGUGUUCUUGACGUAUCUGCCGUCAACACCACCGUGUCAAGUGAUAAUAGUAGUCCUCCUGGCUUCGCUGCUGCCGUUUCCAACAAUGUCGAUCAUCUCUCUCUGCCCUUGCUAGGUUUGUUUUCCACCACCGCCGCCGCCAAAGAGUGGUCCCCAUCUCAUUCAUCAUCUCUCUACCGCAUUGACCGCUGGGGCCCACCUUACUUCGCUGUUAACAACUCCGGGAACAUCACCGUCAAGCCAUUCGGUGAUGCCACGUUGCCUCCCCAAGAAAUUGAUCUGCUAAAAGUUGUGAAAAGAGUUUCCGACGAGAAAUCCAACGGUGGAUUAGGUCUUCAGUUACCACUCAUCGUACGGUUCCCAGACGUCCUCAAACACCGCCUUGAAUCACUUCAACUGGCUUUCGAUUCCGCCGUGCGAUCCACCGGGUAUGGGUCCCACUAUCAGGGAGUGUACCCUGUGAAAUGCAACCAGGACCGUUUUAUUGUUGAGGAUAUUGUCAAAUUCGGGCACGGGUUUCGGUUCGGACUCGAAGCCGGGUCUAAACCGGAGCUCCUGCUCGCUUUAAGCUGUCUCUGUAAGGGUCACCCUGAUGCUUUCUUGGUAUGCAAUGGUUUCAAAGAUGCUGAGUACAUUUCUCUUGCAAUCAUCGCAAGGAAGCUAGCUAUCAAUACCGUGGUUGUUCUUGAGCAAGUAGAAGAAGUUGAUUUGGUGAUUGAAUUGAGCCGGAUACUUGGCAUUCGACCUGUAAUUGGUGUCCGUGCGAAGCUCCGGACAAAACAUUCAGGUAAUUUCGGGCCAACGUCGGGUGAGAAGGGAAAGUUCGGGUUAACAACCAUUCAGAUUCUGGAGGUUGUGAAGAAGGUUGAUGCAGUUGAAAUGUUAGAUUGCCUUCAACUCCUGCAUUUCCACAUUGGGUCUCAAAUCCCUUCUACGGGCCUUUUAUCCGAUUGUGUUGGCGAGGGUGCUCAGAUUUACUGUGAAUUGGCCCGCCUUGGUGCUAAUAUGCGAGUGAUCGACGUGGGUGGCGGUCUAGGGAUCGAUUACGACGGGUCGAAAUCGAGUGAAUCGGAUAUCUCAGUGGGUUAUACGUUAGAUGAGUAUGCUUCUGUUGUUGUUAGUGUGGUUCAGAAUGUUUGUGACCGCAAGGGGGUGAAACACCCUGUUAUAUGCAGUGAGAGUGGGAGGGCAAUAGUUUCACACCACUCAAUUCUAGUGUUUAAUGCUAUAUCCUCCUCCUCCACCUCCGCUAUUACAGCCACUCCGGCGGCGGCGAUUCUGUCGCAGGAAUGGGAUUCUUUGGUUGAGGGUCUACCAGAAGAGACUCGUCGAGAUGUACACAGCGUAUCUUGUUCAUUUACCCAAAAAGAUUUCGAUGCUUGCAUAGUGCAUGCUGAUGAGUUGAAGCAACGUUGUAUUGAACGGUUCAAAGAUGGGUGUUUGGGAAUGGAGCACCUGGCCGCGGUCGACCGGUUAUGCCAAAUGGUGUGGAAAGCGGUUGGUAAUGGUGUCGGUGACGGUGACUCGUCGAUCACUUCUUACCUUAUUAAUUUGUCAGUUUUUACUUCUAUUCCUGACUUUUUUGGGAUGGGGCAGUUAUUUCCAAUAACCCCAAUUCACAAGCUUGAAGAAAGGCCUGUGGUUAGGGGGAUUUUGUGUGAUUUAACAUGCGACAGCUAUGGUAAGAUUGAUAGGUUUAUUGGAGGUGAGUGUAGUUUGCCUCUCCACGAACUGAAGAGAAAGAAUAAUGUGUAUUAUCUGGGGAUGUUUUUGGGCGGGGCUUAUGAGGAGACAUUAGGAGGAGUCCAUAACCUGUUUGGUGGCCCGAGCGUGGUUCAGGUAAUGCACAGCGACAUAAACAACUACAACUUUGAGGUUACGCUGGCUGUACCAGGUCUGUCUAGUGGGGACAUCCUCCGGGCGAUGCAGCACCAGCCCGAGCUCAUGUUACAGACACUUAAACAAAGGGUUGAGGAGUACCUCCCUAACAACAACAACAACAACAACAACAACAACCGCAACAACCACAACAACAACCGCAACAACAACCGCAACAACCACAACAACAAGGAUGACGACGACAUUGCCUCCCUCACCAACGGGCUGACCCGUUCCUUCAACAAUAUGCCGUACCUUGUGGUGGGACCUUUAGCUUCGUCUUGCAGCUUCACCAACAAUAAUAUAUGAUCUUUACUUCUGUGGUGGUGGUGGUGGUGGUGGUAAGGACUGAGGAAUGACUAUGAGGAUCGGAUAUAUAGCUGCAACGUAACGUAAUGUAACGGCAAUUCGUCUCUAUGAUUGAUUCAAUGGUUAUUUUUUUUUUCAAAAAACAGUCAUAAACACAUAUCAACGAUCUGUAUUAUUAAAAUUAUUUGUGCAAUUAUAAAGAACCAUCCAAACAAUUAUAUUA